GGUAAACAACAUUUUUGGCCAACAUAUCGUAAUUUGUGUCUAGAUUAAGGAGAUAUAAGAUAUUUAGUCAGCCAAGCAAUAUAUAUAAAAAAAGAUGAAAAUAAAGAGACAUAAGCAUAUACGGAAAGUUUUGACUUUCUACAGUAGUAAUUUUGGAUUUAAGCCACCAUACAAUGUUUUGAUUGAUGGAACAUUUUGUAAAGCUGCUCUGAAGUUUAAAGUUAACAUCAGUGAACAGUUACCAAAGUAUUUAGAGGCAGAUACUAAAAUGUGGACUACACAAUGUGUGCUGGACGAAUGUGAAGCCUUUGGUUCAGUAUUAUAUGGUCCUCUUAAAGUGUUGAAGCAGUUUAAAUUACAGCCAUGUAACCACAAGUCAACUUUAUCUGCAUCUAAAUGUAUUACAAGACUGAUUGGCAAAAAGAAUAAAGAAAGGUUAUUCCUUGCAACACAGGAUAAAAUGUUAAAUGACUGGUUUAGAACAAAAGCUGGCACACCUAUGCUUUAUAUAGCUUUCAAUACAAUAACUCUGGAACCACCAUCAGAAAAAUCAAAAUUGAAAGCGGAAAGACAAACCGAUGCUAAAAUUGCUCCUUCAGAACAUGAGCAUGAUGUCAUUAAAAAGCUGAAGGUGGAAGCAUUCGGUGAACAGGAAGUAAAGAAAAAGAAACACAAAAAGUUAAAAGGGGCUAAUCCCCUGUCUAUGAAGCCAAAAAGGAAAAGAAAGGAUGGUGAACUCUCAAAAUCACAGAAGAAAAAGUUAAAGAGAAAGCAGAGAGAACAUUUGUCAAUAGAAAAUGGCUAAAUU